CCACUUGCCCUAUAAAUGGCGGGAGUCUCUCAUACCUCUAAUCUUCACUGGCGUCAACGAUUUUUACUUAUUUCACUAUCCAGUCCCUUAGGAAACCCUACAUUGUAAGUAAAACCCCCUAAACCCAAAUCUGUGAAAAUCAACAGCAGCCAAAGGGUAUAAAGCGAAAUCAGGGCUUUUUUUUGUCUCGUUUUUCUUUUUCGAGGGUAAGGAAAUUGGAGUAUUGUAUUGUAAAUUUAAAAAUGGAUGCCGCGGCCGGUGUCGCCGUCGUACGCGGUGUUUCUAUGCCGAUGUCAACGACAUCUCAGUCUUCUCGUAAGGAGUGGCGGGUAGUUACCGAGCAAUCGGCUCGAAACUCCACUAGUGAGGAGCUUUCCAAGCUAGGUCAGUCUGAUGAAAGAUUGAUAUAUGAGGUGCAGCAGGGAAGAGAGCCCACGGAUGUGGAUUUCUGCUCAAUAACUAUUGACAGGGGUUUGGACAAUGAUAUUUUGCAGCAAAGACUUCUAACGGUGGCGAAACAAAGAGAGGAAUUGCAGCACAUGGAGAUUGAACUUCGGGCACAAGUCAUUAUAAGAUCUGAGAUUAUGGAAAUGCAGAAGUCAUAUGAUGCACAGAUCAAAGAGCACGUGAAUGCAAAUGUCAAAUUUCAGGAGCAACUGCAUGAAAAGGAACAGAAGAUUCAAGAGCUUGAGAGAAAGAUGGAAGAGAAUGAAAGGGAGCUGAAUGGAAUUAGAUUAGAUAAAGAAGCGCAGGCUUGGGCCAAAGAGGAUCUUCUGAGGGAACAAAGCAAGGAGCUUCAAAGCUUCAGGAGAGAGAGGGAUAGCACUGAAGCUGAAAGGGCGCUGCAUAUCAGACAAAUCCAUGAUCUUCAGGAACAUGUUCAAGAAAAAGAACGUCAGCUCAUGGAGUUGCAGGAACAGCAUAGGAUUGCACAAGAAACCAUUGUUUUCAAAGAUGAGCAAUUAAGAGAGGCACAAGCUUGGAUUACUCGUGCUCAGGAAAUGGAUGCUUUACAAUCAACUACCAACCAUACCUUACAGGCUGAACUACGAGAACGUAUUGAGCAGUAUAAUCAACUAUGGCUUGUUUGUCAGAGACAGUUUGGUGAGAUGGAGAGAUUUCAUCUGCAUAUGCAACAACUCCAGCUUGAAUUGGCCGAUGCUAGAGAAAAGAGUGGAAGUUACUCUCAGAUAAAUUCAAAAGAUGCUUCUGAAGUUGGACAAAGCAAUGGUAGCCUGCUGGAGGUGAAUGGAAAUGGGACACCAGGUGAAAACUCUGCUAGCCUACUAAAUGGGAAUGUUGAAGUUGCCUCGUCUUUUGUUCCGGGAGGGAACAUGCCAACACAGACUGAUGCUCAUGCUGUUCCAUUUGCUCCUCCAUCCCUGCUUGGGUUGCCACCCUACCUUCCACCUGUUCAGGUGACUGCUUUGCAUCCUUUUGUAAUGCAUCAACAAGGGUUGCCCCGUACAAUACCGUCAAAUGUCACACAAUCUAUUUUCCAGACUGUACCUACUAUGUCAUCUCUUCAACCUUCACAGAACCAACAGACUGUAUCAGAUGGCCAACAGAUGCCUAUCCACCAACAAUUUCCUCUGCAAGCUGAACAGACCUCAUCGGGAGCUGCUUCUAGUUAUGACUAUGAAGUAUCUGUAAAUGGGCAAGUUCUUUCUUCUAAUUAUUUUGAUGCCAAUAUCAGUCGAGGGAUAGAGCCUAACUCCAUGGUUCCACCACCAAAUAAAGAGGGGCAGGUUCUCGAGUCUGUAGAUGAAAGCUACCCAGCUGGAACCCAAUCUCCUCAGAGCUUGCAACAAGUUUCUUCGCAGUUUCAUGAUUUGCUUAGAUUGGAUACUCUAGAACACAGUAAUGAGAUCAAGGAGAAGAAUGACAGCCCUGUGACAGAUCAUAGACUAGAAAACAGAAGUUUAAUGAUGGAACAACCUAAUUUUACUGUGAAUGUACCCUUGUCUGAGGCACUUAUUCAUGCUGUAAAUAUCGGAACAACGACGAUGAACAAUGUCUCAGGUGCAGUUUCGUCUGAUGCCACUGUUUCCACCGGGCAGAAAAAUUCAUAUGUGAUUGAAACGCCUGCAGAGAUUUCUCUCCUUGAUGAAAGAUCAUUGCUAGCUUGCAUAGUUCGAACAAUUGGAUCUGGUGGUAGAAUUAGGAUUAGUGCAACGCUUCCAAAUAGACUUGGAAAGAUGCUUGCCCCCUUUCACUGGCACGAUUAUAAGAAGUAUGGGAAGCUUGAUGACUUUGUGGCUGGUCAUACUGAAUUAUUUGUUAUUGAGGGGGACUACAUUCAGCUUCGAGAAGGUGCACAAGAAAUAAUAGCAGCCACAGCAGCUGUUGCUAAAGUUGCUGCAGCAGCAGCUGCACCUCCAUCUUCGUAUCCAACACUGUUACCUUCUGUGGCAGUCACUCCCAUGGCACAAGCCCACCGAUUGAAGGUCUCCUCUCUUGAAUUUACAUCUGCAAAUGCUGAUAAGACCAAUUUCAAUGAGAUUGCAGCCUCUAGACCCUCACAUAUUGCUGGCAAUCCUUCUAAGUUCUCUACAAUUCGGAAUCAGAAUGUGAAUGGUGCCUCCUUUAGUGUUUCUGGGGCAGUCUCAAAUAUUAAAAUUUUGAGCAAACCUAAGGAUCACAUGGAACUGAAUGGAUCUGAGAACUCUGAACUAUUGACAGUUGGAAAUGGAAUAAACACUGAUAAAGAUGGUGUUUCCCAAAGGAAGGUUGCAACUCAUGGGAAGCCUGGAGCAAGUUUAGCAGGCAAACAACAGGGCAGGGCAACUAGUGCUGCAUCAAGUCCUAGAAGAUGAAUUUAUCUGGGAUCCUGUUGGGAAAUGUCAUCACUAGAUAAACGUGCACCAAGUGCUAUUGGAGAUGAUGAGAGGAGGCAAGUUAUAUGCUCGAGUUGGUAUCUCCAAUAAUAUUUAUUUUAUGAGACUGGGUGUACUGGCUGAAUUAUAUCACAUGUUCUGUUCGAUUGGAAGAACUUGUUUUCAUUUCGUAUUUUUGUGUACUGGAAACUGUAUAUUUUACAUGCAUUGAUGUUCUGGUGCAUCAAGCAUCUUUCGGAUUUAAAAUUAUUGGAAAAAUAGUGGUUAUUUUUGCAAA